ACAGCCGAUCAUGUUCGCACCAGAUGGACGUUUCGGUCGGAAUCGCAUGCCAUCGAGCUGCUCAACUCUGUGCACUCAAGGAUCAUUAUGAAGCGCUUGGAGGCGUCACAGGGCGAGCGGCACAACUUCAGCUCCAGACCAUCCGACCCGGCCAUGCUAGAGUUCUAUCACAACAACGUACGCGAAUCACGCACACUCAUCAACCCCGCAUCGUUUGGAGCGGCGAAUGCUGUCAACAAGAAAGCGCCUGUGAGACCAUCACGACAGUCGUCGACUGUGAGCGGCCUAUUUGAAUCUGUCGACAGUCUUCUCCUCGAACCGUUGGGCCAAGAGUUUUCCUUAGACUUAGGCACUCCGUAUGGUACAGGAGAGGGCGCUGUGGGUUCUCUCCGUAUGGAUGCAAAGAUAGGCUCAGACUCAGCUCUACUCGAUCAGUACAAUGCAUCGACAGACGGGUUGUUAGAUACUUUUGGUUUGGAAUCGGCGGGUCUUUCUGGGGAUCUCUUCCCUGACAUCGACCAUAUGGACCUUACCUGCCUACCUAGCUCUUUGAAGCUGAAUUCGCAGUCCAUGAAUCUCGCGUUGCCCACCACCAGUCCAUCGCCAACGAACGGAUGGGUCGGUCCGUUGCACUCGCACAGCGUGGGGUCUAAUCUCAACACCCUCACACUAAACCACGCGAUCAUGGGCAAGAACAAAUCACCCCUGCACACGCACACGCACACACACAACACACACACCCAGACCGACACGCACGUCCACAUAGACAACCCCGCAAGUAUCAGUAUCCAUAGCAACAGCAGCAGCACAGCCAGUCCCACAAACACAGACGCAGCUACCAACAGCACUAGUGGUGCUAGGGGCUUCAUGCGUGCACGUGAUACGGCCAAUACCGUAAUCAAACCGGGAUAUUCACUGACCAGGCACACCAGUUUCCAGCACAACCCCGAUGCAGUUUCUCAUGCAAAUAUGUUCGACGGAGAUCUGGCGCUCUUGGAUAGUAGUCCACUAUCAGCAACCCCGGGGAGCGCCACUGCGCUACAACGCCAGGCAAAUAGCCUCAACGCAACGGAAUUACAUGGACGGAACCGAUUAAAUACCAGGUCCAUGUCCGUGUCUAACGGGAGUAGAGGCUUGCACCACAACACGGUGUUUGGUAGCAGUAAGCUUGAUACCGGUUCGCUAAGCCAACAAUACGGGACCGAUGUGUCGUCACACGCACAGCAGCUGAGCGACCUGGUGAUGUCCACGGCCACGGAACUGACGCUACACGAAAACCCGCACGAACGGACCAACACAAGUACACACCUCUCCUCUCACACACAGACACAAACACACGCUCUGAGGGGCCUCUCUUCUCCCUUGAGCAGUCACGAUACGUUUGGCAGCACGCACCACCGCCCAUACGGAAUCAAUGAACUCGGUGUUAAUGACACUGAGGAUCGUAACCAUGACAACGAAAAUGGCAACAGCAGUAACGAUGACAAUGACAGAUACCAAAAUCGUCGGGGCACACAGUCCGGGUACUCGGGUGCGUUGGGUUUGCACACGGACAUGCUUAGAAAUGGGGUGGAGAUGCUCAGAGAAGAUGGCCGGAGUGGGCAGAAAGGCAAGAUAGAGAGGGAGAUGGAGGAUGUCUUAUUCAUGAUGGGCAAUGAAGGCAUGUACAACCCCGGCGACGACGAAAGCUCUCAAGACGCCUUUCCCGAUACAAACACUCAGGCAUACACGAAGACGGCCUCGUACUCUCAGCACGCGCACCUGCAAAGCACACAAGCGGACCACACCUACAAGGACAUGCGGGGAAUACGGCUGGACGACGAGGACAAUCCAUUUGGGCCUGACAAAGGGAAUGUUUCAUGUGGCGGCUUCAGGGGCACCAGUCCGUCUUUUAAAUCGAAUUCGAACGGGAUGCAAUGGGGCGGGGACGGUGUGCACAGCAGACAUUACUCGCAUGGCGCCCUGGUGCUGGACAUGGAUCUAGAUCUGGAUAUACAGAAAGACCUAGACCUGAGAAUCCAGAAGGAUUUAGAUCUGGGGAUGCAGAAAGAUCUAGAUCUAAGAAUACAGAAGGAUCUAGAUCUAGGAAUGCAUAAGGAUCUAGAUCUAGGAAUGCAUAAGGAUCUAGAUCUAGGAAUGCAGAAGGAUUUAGAUCUGGGAGUCCAGAAGGAUCAUGAUUUAGGAAUCCAAAAGGAUUUAGAUUUGGGCAUACAAAAAGACUUAGAUCUGGGCAUGCAGAAGGAUCUAGAUCUGGGCAUGCAGGAUCUUGGUAUGGGAGGACACGACGGCGAUACUGGGUUGGAACUAAGUGACGUAAACAUUAAUGUAGGCCUUUCAGGUGACUUCGGAGCUGUUGGUCUGAGUGAGGGUGGACUACCCGAUUGCGAUAUGCUGCUAGGCUCACCAGGGACGCUCAAUCCGAGGCCACUGCAGAGCAACACAUCCACGAUGUCCCAUUACGAUUUCCCACAAAUUGAGUCCGGGGUCGAUUCGCAGGAUCCAAUUCUUUUUGACAUGCUUGGUCUGAGCGACUACGACAUGCCUCUACUGUAGCGCGUAGGAGGGGGGAACGGUAUACAAAGUGUGGAACGAUGCUAUCGCGCACAGCAUCUGGGUCUCAUGAAGACGCUCAGAGGUGUCGCGCGGCAAGAACGUACACGAUGCAUACACCAUGUCAGUGCCGGUAGGAGUGGUAUUCACCUGAAGCACAGUGUGGGCAGACGACAGCCUUACUGGUGCAGCUGCGGUCCGAAGGAGGUUCACCCGAUAUAGUAGCAGUGCCUAUAACUG